UGUUUGCUCGUGUUUGCCGUCAGCAGGUGCUCGGUAGAUAGACGUUGUGGGAGCCGCUGUCGCUGUUGUCACUGGUGUAGAGGCUGCUGAGCUCGUUGUCACCCACUCUCGCUGCAGACACUCUCGUUGUUCUUGUUGUUGUCAUUACUGUUGUCGUCGUUGGUUCUUCGGAGAGUUCACCUCAGCCGUUGGUCGAUUGGUUCCCGAGAGACGACUGACGGUCGCGCUUUCUGAGACUGCAACUUCGUCGAACCGCCGUCACUCGACAUACACCAAAACACAUCAAAAUGCGGAGCUACCUUUGCGUCCUCUUAGUGGCUGUGUUGUUUGCGACUUGCGCGAAUCAGAGCAGUGCCUCGAGUACCCGUCGACCUCUGAUUCCUGGCCUUCCACCUGUGCUCUCCGGAUUAUCGCUUGCGAACAUCCCAGGGAUUUCUCACAUCAUGAACAUGCCGCUCCCGUUCAACGUGCCCUUCAGUCUCUCAUCACUGCCGCCGCUGCGACUUCCUAUCCGGCUUCCGGCGUUCCUUGGCGGAGCUGGCAUGCUGCGAAACGCCACUCAUCUCAUCCGAAACACCUUCUUGACUCCCGGGGGAUCAUCAAAUGCCAUAAACACCAACUCUCUGACCUCUUAUCUCGCCGCACCUCUCCUGCCGCUCCUCAACCUCGGUGGUGGAUCCGGGAUCGCGCAAGCCGCCAACAGGAACAUACUGAUUGAUCCUCUCCAGUACGCUCAAUACUUCCGAGCGCUGCAACUCCAGAGCGCACACGAAAGGCGGCGCAGGAGCAUCGUACAGCAGAUGCUGAGGAACUACCAGCCGGGACAAGUUGAAUUGGCGAGGACGCGCCUCCAGGCUCUUCAGAUGCCCCUCGAAGCUCAGUUCCGCAUGCUUUAUAGAUAUCAUUGACGGACGUGCGUUUAGUGAAGUUCUAGUACAAUGUGUGCGAGUCGUCUACCUGUAUGCUGUAUGUGAGCGUGUGUCGUGCCUUAUCUUUCCGCCCCUCUCUUUCAUCUUCCCCUCGAGUUGAAAGCUUUCCGGGAAUCUUCUACAAUCCGCUUCUGCAGGCCGCUGGUCGGCGAGCUUAGGUCUAGUCAGAAGGAACCCGAUGUCAGGAUAACAUCAAGAACCGCUGGA